AAUAAUAUAUAUACAGUAGCAUAUACUUGGCAUGGAUUACAUGACAAAUCCAUAAGAAUUGCAUGCCAAAGUAGUAGUCUCAUCUAAGAUUCAAGGUAUCCAAGUUUAACCUCAAACCUAAUUCAUACCUUCCUUCAAUAACGAGAAUAGAAUAAUUACUUACUAAUGUGCAUGCCAGAAUAGUAUAAAAUAACAAUGGCAGCACAAUAGAGCAAUAUCUUCUUUCUAACAAGCAAAUAUGGCGCACAAUACAUCCUCUGAUUCUGAUAAUGAAAUUAUCACAACACAGUCAAAGAUCUUUCCCCAUGGAAAAUCAAUACAUGAAGUUCUUGGAGGAGGAAAAGUGGCAGAUGUGUUAUUAUGGAAAGAUAGAAAUGUAUCAGCUGCAAUUUUGGUUGGGAUUACAGCUAUUUGGUUUCUGUUUGAGGUUGUUGAGUACAAUUUCGUGACACUUAUUUCUCACAUUUCCAUCACCACAAUGCUAGUACUCUACAUAUGGUCCACGGUUGCUGAUAUCUUUAAAUGGAACGGUCCCAAGAUUCCGGAAACUAUUUUGAAAGAUUCUUUCUUUGAAGAUCUAGCUUUCAAUUUGCAGAGAAGAUUUUACCAGCUAUUACAAGUGCUCUUCCACAUUUCAUGUGGAACAGACCUACCACGAUUUCUUCUAAUUAUCAUCUCCCUCUAUAUAUUAUCAGAAAUUGGAAACUACUUCAGCUUUAUCAAUCUGCUAUACAUUGGUUCUAUCUGCAUCCAAACACUGCCAAUUGUAUAUGAUAGAUAUGAGGAAGAAAUUAGGAAUUUGGCUGAACAUAUCAUGAUAGAUAUUAGGAGGAAAUAUAGAAGGUUUCAGAAGACAUAUCUGAACAAAAUUCCCAGAGGACCGGUCAAGGAAAAGAAGAUCAAAUAAAAUUACAAUCCGACCAUACUUUAUAAACUGGAUCAAAAAAUGUCAUCAUCAUUCUCAUGUAUAGUGUUGUUAUGUAUCCAUAUAUGUAUAUAGAAAUUCCCUUAAGAAUAAUGUAAGGGACUAGGAUCACAACACUGUCGCAGUUUCCAAGAUCAACUAACAAUAACCAUAUUUAGUCCUCAUUUAUUUAAGUCUCCAGUUAAAGUGAAAAACAUUGAACUAGUUGCCGCUUCCCAAGUAUAAAAAUAAAUGUCUUUAUUCGUUAAGCUUAUUUAUGA